AUGACAAAAAGAAACUGCACCCAGGUGACUGAAUUCACUUUGAUGGGGUUCACAACUGAUCCGGUGAUUCAGGUUAUGCUCUUUCAGAUGUUUCUGCUCAUAUAUCUUGUUACCAUCCUGGGCAACCUUGGGAUAAUCACAUUAAUCAAAGUCAGUCCUCAAYUCCACUCCCCCAUGUAUUAUUUUCUGAGCAAUCUGGCUUUUGUGGACCUCUGCUUUUCCACAGUUGUUACCCCCAAGAUGCUGGCUGACUUUAUGUUGGAGGAGAAGCAUGUUACUUAUGCUGGCUGUGUAGCUCAAGUGCUCAUUUUUGAUAUUUUGGGGAUUGCUGAAUGUUUCCUGCUGGCUACAAUGGCAUAUGACCGUUAUGUGGUCAUUUGUCAUCCCUUGGUAUACUCUCUUGUCAUGUCUCCAAAACUCUGUUUCCAGCUGGUGUUUGGGUCCUAUCUGAUUGGGCUGAUGAACAGCGUGAGUCACACCRUGGGUAUAUUAAAUUUAUCCUUUUGUGGCUCCAAAGUCAUUGAUUUGUACUUCUGUGAUAUCUCCCUUCUGAUUUCACUCUCCACUUCUGAUACCACCCUCAACCGCACCAUUCUUAGAACUUCUGCCAGCUUGUAUGGUAUUUCCAGCAUUCUCAUUGUCCUGAGCUCCUACACUGCCAUCUGUUCCACUGUACUGGGGAUCCACUCAGCUAAGGACCAAUGCAAAGCCUUCUCGACCUGUGCCUCACACCUGGCUGUUGUGAGCAUCUUCUAUGGGACAUCAUUCCUUAUGUAUUUAAAACCAAGCUCAGAAAAUUCAAGAGGAGAAGAUAAAUGGGCAGUGGUGCUCUAUACAAUGGUGACUCCUAUGUUAAACCCCUUGAUCUACAGCCUGAGGAAUAAAGAAGUGAAGAAAGCUCUGAGGAGUAUCACAAAAAUAAAAUGA